AGACCAAGGACAAGGGGUCAACGGCACCACCCAAGAAAGAGCCGAAGGAGGUGAAUGCUUAGGUUUCAGUGAUUUCUUUCAUUGAACCGAAGAAAAGCCUGAAUCUGAACAUUUUUCUGAAGCAGUUCAGAUGCUCUAAUCAGGAGUUUGUGGCCAUGAUACAGAAUGGGGACAGAUCUAAAUUUGAUGUGGAGGUCUUGAAACAACUUCUGAAGCUUCUUCCAGAGAAGCAUGAGAUCGAGAACUUGAAGUCCUUCCAGGGGGAGAACGACAAGCUGGCUAAUGUGGACCAUUUUUACCUCCUGCUUCUGAAUGUUCCUUGCUACCCGCUGAGGAUAGAGUGUAUGCUGCUGUGUGAGGAAACGGGGUCCCUUAUAGAUAUGCUGAAGCCCAAGGCUGAGCUGGUGGAUGGCGCCUGUGCCAGCCUUCGAGAGAGCACCCGGCUGCCCAGUUUCUGCAAGCUCAUCCUCAACGUUGGAAACUUCUUGAACUACGGGAGUCAUACAGGGAAUGCGGAAGGGUUUAAGAUCAGUACCCUGCUGAAGCUGACCGAGACCAAAGCCAAUAAAUCCCGUAUCACUCUACUCCAUCACAUCGUGGAGGAGGCUGAGGAACACCACCCUGAGCUUCUCAGCCUCCCAGACGACCUUGAUAUCUGUGAAAUGGCCGCUGGGGUGAACCUAGAGUCGGUCAAGAAGGAGGCAAACUCACUCUUCAAACGUCUUAGGGAUAUUCAAAAGAAGGUGGCAUCCUCUUCCAUUGAGGACAUCAAGGGGCAGUACCUGGACACUAUUGAGAGCAACCUGGAGGCCUGCAAGGCUCUGGAGGAUUGUUUUGCUGCCAUAGAGGAGAAGAGGGUGGGCCUGGCUCUGUACCUGUGUGAGGAUGUAAAUCGGCUCUCCUUGGAAGAACUCUUUGGUACCAUCAAGAGCUUCAGGAACCUCUUUCUCAAGGCCCUCAAGGAGAACCAGACUCUGAAGGAACAGGCAGCCAAAGCGGAGAAGAGGAAGAAGCAGCUGGCUGAGGAGGAAUCCAAGCGGCAGAAGGGGGAAAAUGGGAAGAUAAUACGGAAGGGCCCCGUGGUGCAGGAAGAGGGCUGCAUUGUGGAUCUCCUACUGGCAGACAUCCGGAAGGGCUUCCAGCUGAGGAAGACGCGGCCCAGGUGCGAAACGGAAAGCCGUCCCACUAGGGAAAUGCAUAGGGAUAAUGGCGAGCCUGGGCCAAAUGCCAAGUCUGCCGGAGAUACAGCCGAAGCCUCGGUCCCCGAGACCACGCAGACCGGCUGCUCGCCGGCAAGCAAAAGGCAGGUGGAGACCGAGCUCCCUGCCACAUCCCCAGAAGAAGCAGCUUCAUCGCAGGCUGAGGAACCACGAGCCAGCCCCCAGGACUCGAGCGAGUCUCAGUCAGGUCACUCUGGGGGCUGCCCACCUAAGUCAGAAGCUAGUGACACGCCCAUGUUCUCCACCCCUCCCCCAGCCACAGACGGGGACGUACCCCAACACGCUCCUAGCAGCAACAAGGAGCCGGGAUGUACCAGUGAACUUGAAAACAACACACCAGAAGGGGGCACUGGUGCGUGCCAUUCAAUUUCUCCCGAUGGUGCAUCUGCAGACAUUGAUAGAGAUGGCGAUGUUGCCGAGCCUGACAUGUCUGACAUGGGUGGGAACGAAGCCGGAUCCAGUGGAGAAGGCAAUGGGGAAGUGAACGGUGACGGGAAUGAUGCCGACGUGAGCCCGGUGACAUGCCACGUGUCGGACGGGACAGGUUUGCAGACGCCGGACUCCGUGCCGGACUCCGUGCCUGACUCCACUUUCCUGAAGCCUGAAACGAAAAAGUCACAGAAACAUUCGAAGAAAAAUAAAAAGAUCAGUGCAGAAGCAGAAGGUAACAGUGGAAAGAGGCACCCAAAUCAUAAUAGGUGUGGUUUGCAGUGAGGUAGGUCAAACUACUCAGUGUCCAACUAACUCCUGUGGGAGAGGGUGAGCCAAAAGUCAGAACGUAAUCUUCCUUAACUGCUUUUCCUGCCACUCAAUGAAUGAUGAAUCUUCAUCUAGUCUUGAUUUGUUUUAACCAUCCUAUUCCAUUGCUUUUAUCGGUGCUUUUCUUUGUGUGACUGCCUCUGAUUGUGACCUAAUGAAAUAUUGCAGAUUUGCUAUGCAGACGGUAUGUGUGAGAAAUAUUCUAGCCAUAAGACUGCCUUUGUCACGGUUGGCAGUCGAUGGACUAAAUUCAAUUCUAAUGACAAGCUGGCCGUAUGAUUAGAACAGCAGUAUGAUGCCCUUCCGGCCCCCCCAACAAAAAAAUGGUUGGGGACCCUUGGUCUUAGACAUUAUAGCAAAUCUUUCAAUUGAUUAUUAUUAUUAUAGACUCAGCUUCACUUGACUUAUUUGUCCAAGUCAUUUCAACACUCCAGAUUCUCCACACAUCAAUCAAUGGGAGAUUCAAUAUAUGAGUAGCAAUGGUGCAUAUUGCCCAAUACAUAGACUGACCUGCCAGCGAAACAUCAGAGCAACGUGAUUUUAACCCACUAACAUAUCUAAGACCUACCUGAAUGACCCAUAAACGUUUCCUGUCUUCACCGGACUCUCCCAUCCUGACAGUAACGGGAAAAGACCUGGAGGUGAUGCCACAUCUUCUUGGUCUGGUCUCAUAUUAUUACCGGAAAUUACAUUUGUGAUGCAAAUAACACCUAUGAAAUCUUCUCUUUUCUACAUUGCCUGGUUAUCUCUGUACAACACCAGACUCGUUAGGGAUUAAGGAUAAUAUUUUCUUCUGGUUUGGAAACUAAUUAUCCUCUGUCUUUUUUGUAGGUGGUUACAAGAAAAGGAAGACAAAAUGUCAAAGAAAAUGAUUUUUUUUUUCCUUGUUACUCUACUGCUGUUAUGUCACCUUGAGCUGGGUCUGGUCACUGCCUACAAUCGCUUAUUUAUAUGUCAUUUGAAUGAAGAUGGCUUGUGAAAAAGGACACUUUUUAUCAGUUUGAUAAACUGCUGUUAGAGAAUUCCUGUGCUUUUCCGGGGGAAAGUAGACCAAGAUGUGUGGGACACGUUUUGUGGAAUUUCAGAAAAGAGAAUGGAUAGUAAUUUAAUGUUUGUUUUGGAUUUGUGAUUUAUUUUUUAUUAACUAUACUUCCUGUGAUUGUCAACGAAAAAAACGGUCAUGUAUUAUAGAAAAUAUGUACUGGUCCGUAUGUAAAGUAUAGUAAUUGCAUUGCACUAUUCUACAAUAAUGCAAACAGCAGAUCUAUUCAAUAGCUUGAUUUGCUGAGAAAAUGAAUACUUAAUCGUUUUUUCUGUUUUUGCUUUUUAUAAAUUAUGAUGAUGCGCGUAUAGAAGUAAUGGUCCUUUUUCUUUUAUCACAACUGUCAACGUGUAACUCACCGAUGAGUGUUAUAUGACUAAGUUUUGUAAAUCUAACUGAAAAAGAAAAAGCUUUGUAUUGUUUUAGUUUUGAUAUGAGAGUGUCCUUUUACGGAACGUUUGUAAGAUUGUCGUCAUUUAUAUUAUUGAGCGGAAGUCUUUCUUUGAAUUAGUAUUUUCGUUUUACGUGACGCCGGUCUGUUUACUAAUGACAAUUCAUUAUUGUGUCUUAAAUCAAGGAUGUACAUCAAUAAAAAUCUAAGUUACA